AACUUAACAAAAAACAACAACAAAAAGUAUUCCAAAACAAAAACCAAUAUGAGCCAAAGAACUUUCGCACGUUUAUUCGUGUUAUUUUUGCUAAUGCACUUGCAACUAUUACACGCGGCGCCGUCACACUCCAGCAACGACAUCGAUUACAAUGACAGCAGCAGCGCAAGUGGCAAUGGCGGUGCGGGAAAUACGUUGGGCAAUCUCUUCCGAGGCAACAACAACUCGCAAAUGGAUUACAACAUGAUGUUUACGCAUGUGAAGGAUUUCUUCAUGUAUUUGCCGGUGAUGAUGACGACGCUUAGGGAGUCCAUGUCCGGUUUCCCGAAGUUCGCAGAAGGCAUACGCAUACUGACAUCGAAAAAUGGUCGCUUAGAAGGUGCAGACUGUAAUUGUGAGAAGAACAGCAAUGAAAUUGAUAGUCGACAAUUUGGUUGAUUGUUCCAGGUCCGGAUAGUGAUGAAAGCACAUGAUGAGGAGUUUAGUUUGACGAAAGCUCUUAUGGCGAAUAAAAGCACACCGACGCUGUUGUAUUGAA